UCAUCACAAAAAUGUUGAGUAGUUAGAGUCAUCUUCUUUCUUUCUUUCUUCUCUGUUAUCUCUCCCGGCAGAGAUAGAGAGAUAGAGAGAUGUCGCUCCAUCUCUCUUCUACCUCACCGUCCGUUCUCCCGCGCAUCUUUUCACACCAGAAGACCUCGUCAAAUAGCUUACAUUCAGAGUUUCCAAGAUUGCAUGUGAAAUCCAGUUUGGGAAAGGAGAGUUCUUCUUCUGGUGUUUCAGAUCUUCCACUAGAACCUCUUGAAGUGAAGGAAUCACAAACAUUGACCCCAAUUCAGAAAUCGCAAACUUUGAUCUCGCGAAGAGGGUGUAUGUCAUGUUUAUGCUCAACAAUAGUUUUGAGAAACCUUGGAACUGUUACAGAAUCAAAAGCAGCUGCACUCAAUGGGAAGGAUAGACCACCCGUUUGUCGCAAUUGUAGUGGCAGCGGGGCCAUUAUUUGUGACAUGUGUGGUGGUACAGGAAAAUGGAAGGCACUCAACCGCAAACGAGCAAAAGAUGUCUAUGAGUUCACUGAGUGUCCAAAUUGUUAUGGUCGAGGGAAACUCGUGUGCCCUGUUUGUUUGGGAACUGGCUUACCCAACAAUAAGGGUCUCCUUCGUAGACCUGAUGCCCGCGACUUGCUUAAUAAGAUGUAUAAUGGCAAGUUGUUACCCAAUUCUUGAAAUGUUUUAUCUUUUUUCGCCAUGAAUUCUACAACAAAAGAAAAUCAUGAUGCACUGAUUUCCCCACUUUUUGACUGACUCGUAAAAAAUGGAUUUCAUGCAUGUAUUAAAGAUUGGAUUCGGGUGUAUAUGUAUUUUCUAUU